GACAAGUACAGCAAGUAUACAUUACCAUUGGCAAGCUAAACAUCAUGGCCCGGUCUUGCAUUUUUCGUCUGGCACUGUUUUGUGCCAUCCUCCUUUGCCUCUCAGAUGGAUAUGGAAAAACUUCAAACGACACAUGCGAGGUUAAAGGGAAGGAGGUAGUCGACAAGGUCACCGGGCUAGUCUUCCCCAUGCACCGUAUUCUUCCUCACGGGGGCAGAGGCCGCGAGCUCACUCUCCUGGGGGUGGGUCCUCGGCGGAAGAACCUCUUCGUUGUAGAGGUCAAUGUGUAUGCUGUGGGGCUGUACUUGGAAACUUCCCUGCUGGGCCGGCUCAAAGCCUUUCGAGGCAAGAGCUCGGAGGCCUUGGCCAAGGAGGCGAAAUACUACGCCACCUUGAUGAAAGAAGGGUCCGGCUUGAAUCGCGCUCUCUACCUGAUUUUCGCGAGGACCGUCCCGGCAGGGAAAAUCGUGGAGGCGCUUGCGGCGGUGGACGGCGUCAAGAAGGAGGUGAUGGCUGAUUUCAAGAAAUCGCUGCUUGCAGCCAUAGGCUCUUCACUCAAGGAGAAAGAGACGUUGACACUGGCAUGGACGCCGGACGACCGAUUGUCUCUCUUUGUGCGAGAUAAACCUGUCAAAACAUUUCCAAGCCUGGAGCUUGCUCGAGGUAUCUUCAACCUCUACCUUGGAGAGAAACCUAUCUCUCCCGAGGCCAAAAAGGGCUUUGCUGCUGUGGCCCCCCAACACAUAAAUUAGCCGGACGAAUGUGGAAUGAGAGGUGAAAGGGAACGAUGCAAUGGAGAAAGAUGCUUCACAAAGGCACAUGAAGUGCAAAGCUCGGAGCUGUAUGUCAUGCUUGCUCGUCUGGGGCACUAAACGGGGAGGUCUGAACCUCCUCGGAACAAGUGGUUACUCCUGACCAAUAUUGCCCGAAAGCAAAGUUAUGCGAGUCACAGUGGGUGCUUGAUGUCGAAUGCGACAUUUUCCGAGCGUUUCGAAUACGUGGUCUUGACCGGAAAGAAAGAAUUUCAUAGGGGAGGGAGGGA